AUGCAGCUCCUUUCGUUCUUUACUACCUUGGCCACUUUCAAGGUCGCCGCAGCCCUUCCCUCGGCCGUUAAAGGUGCUAACGACCUCGUUACCCGCUAUGAUAGUACCUCUACAUUCGGUUCCAAAGUUUGCGUGGACGUCAACUUCGGUGGAUAUUGCCAGACCUUUUCCAGCGCGGCGGGCUUGACGCGCGGCAUGUGCGUUCGCCUCGACGACAGCAUUAGGGGGCUCGUCUCCUCUAUUCAACCUCUCGAGAAGUCGUUCUGCCGAUACUACGUGACUGAAAACUGCCAGGAUCCCACCGGCGACGGCUGCGGAUUAUACGACGCUUAUUUCCCGGGUUUCGCCGACUUGAAGACGGUGGUCCCGUCCGCGUUUUUAGACCUUAAAAAAUGCGAGCCCGGCAAUAUGGAUAAUAAGAUCCGCAGCUUCAUUUGCUACCGCCAUCUAACUUGA